CACGACCAAACAGGGUCCUUCCUUCUUUAUUUUUAUUUCUCACAUUUGGAAACCACACAACCUACAAAACUGACGUUCCUUCGGUGAAGGUCGCUUUUGCCUACCCCCACCCAUUGAAUAUUAUUAUUUUCGGGAAUUCAUCGUUGUCAAGCCGCCAAAGUGGAGAGUGUGAUUGCAGAAGGGGGUGCUUCUCGUUUCAGUGCUUCUUCGGGUGGGGAGGAGGUAGGGGUGCCUCUCAGUACCAUCCCAAGACUGUCGGCAACAGCGAGUUCCUGGGGAAAGCCCCAGGAUCUAGCGUUCAGAGAUGGGUUCCUUCACGAAGCACUAGACGAGAUGCCAAUGCCUCCAAUGAAAAAGAACGACAUGAUGCAAUCUUCAGGAAAGUGAGAGGCAUACUUAAUAAACUGACCCCCGAGAAGUUUGACAAGCUAUGCCUUGAGCUCCUGAAUGUGGGCGUAGAUUCAAAACUCGUCCUAAAAGGAGUGAUCUUGCUGAUUGUUGACAAAGCCCUCGAAGAGCCCAAGUAUAGCUCGCUUUAUGCACAGCUAUGUCUGCGCUUGGCAGAGGACGCACCAAACUUUGACGGCCCAUCGCCAGAGAUCCAAACGCCACAAAAACAAAGCACCACGUUCAGGAGACUUUUGAUUUCUAAGCUUCAAGAUGAAUUUGAGAACCGCGCCAGAAAUGUUGAAAUCUAUGACAAACAUGACAACCCUCUUACCUCUGAGGAAGAAGAGCAGCAUGCCAUUGCCAAGUUUAAGAUGCUGGGAAAUAUCAAAUUCAUUGGGGAACUUGGCAAACUCGAUCUUAUCCAUGAAUCUAUCCUUCAUAAGUGCAUCAAAACACUUUUGGAAAAGAAGAAGAGAGUCCAACUUAAGGAUAUGGGGGAAGAUUUGGAGUGCCUCUGUCAGAUAAUGAGAACAGUGGGGCCUAGACUUGAUCAUGAAAAGGCUAGGUCUUUAAUGGAUCAGUACUUUGGCCGUAUGAAAUCCUUAAUGAACAACAAGGACUUGCCAGCAAGGAUUCGUUUCCUGGUGCAGGAUUCAGUGGAGUUGCGAGAGAACAAUUGGGUGGCUCGCAAAGCUUUUAUCGAUAAUGGACCAAAGACGAUUAACCAGAUUCGUCAGGAAGCUGUAAAAGAUUUGGGUGUUUUUAUUCCACCAAUGGCCCAGGGAAUGAGAACUGACUUCUUUUUGGAGGGUCCCUUCAUGCCUAGGUUGAAACUUGACAGGGAAUCUCUUGGAGGGUUGGCGGAUAUGUUUGGACAGAUGCCAGGGAGUGGGAUCGGCACAGGCCCUGGAGUGAUUCAGGACCGGUAUUCGCCCACCAUGGGCCGUCACCGCACCAACCCACUCUUCAACGGGCACACAGCCCCUGCUACCCAGUCUCAGUUUGAGAUGGGAGGAAAGCCCUUCAUCAAAUCUAACCAGGGGCAGAGUCCAAUUUUCCAGAACCAGCAACAGCAGGCUCAGUCUAAGGACAUGGCACCGCGUUUCAUCAAGAAAGGAUCGCUCAACGCUGAUGAGGUACAACACCUGAUCAGUCUAAGGCCGGCACAGUCAUUCCUUCUCAACACAAACCAAGUGCCAAAGUUGCAGCCGCAGAUACCAACAAUGAUUCCUCCAAGUGCUCAACCUCCACGCACUCAAACACCACCACUGGGACAGCCUCCUCUGCUUGGUCUGAAAACCAACCCUCCUCCAAUUCAGGAAAAACCUCCAAAGACCACCAAGAAACCGCCCCCUGCAAAGGAAGAGUUGCUGAAGAUGACCGAGACCAUAGUGACCGAUUACCUGAACAGCAAAAACAUUGAUGAAGCUGUGAACAGUGUAAGAGAGAUGAAGGCUCCCAAACACUUCCUGCCUGAGAUGUUGAGCAAGAUCGUGAUCUGUUCUCUUGACUGCCCAGACGAAGACAAGGAGCAUGCCAGCACCUUGAUCCACACACUCCGCACAGAGGGCCUUGUUACUGGGGAGAGCUUCAUGCGGGCUUUUCUCAGUGUUCUGGACCAGUGUCCCAAGAUCGAAGUGGACAUUCCUCUGGUGAAGUCCUACUUGGCCCAGUUUGCAGCGCGAGCCAUCAUCGCAGAGCUGGUGAGCAUGGACGAGCUAGCCCACCCUCUGGAGAAUGGCACCCACUUCCCCCUCUUCCUGCUUUGUCUGCAACAGACUGCUAAGCUGAAGGAUCGUGAGUGGCUCACUGAUCUAUUCCAGCAAAGCAAGGUCAACAUGCAGAAGAUGCUGCCUGAAAUCGACCAAAACAAGGAUCGCAUGCUGGAGAUCUUGGAGGGCAAAGGCCUGAGCUUCUUAUUCCCACUCAUGAAGCUGGAAAAGGAACUGCUGAAGCAGAUCAAAGCAGACCCCUCUCCCCAGUGCAUUUACAAGUGGAUCAAGGACAACAUCUCCCCUAAGCUCCACACCGACAAGGGCUUCGUCAACAUCCUCAUGACCAGUUUCUUGCAGUACAUUGCCCAAGAUAUAAAUGCCAGUGAGGAAGAAGACCAGUUAUCAGCCCCCACUAAAGAACAGCUGGACCAGGAGAAGCAGCUGCUGCUGGUCUUCAAGCCAGUGAUGCAGAAGUUCCUGCAUGAUCACCAGGAUCUGCAAGUCAGUGCCCUCUACGCACUGCAGGUCCACUGCAAUGCUAAAACUUUCCCUAAAGGAAUGUUACUGCGCUAUUUUGUCCACUUCUAUGAUAUGGAAAUCAUUGAAGAAGAAGCCUUCCUUGCAUGGAAAGAAGACAUAACUCAAGAGUUUCCUGGGAAGGGGAAAGCAUUAUUCCAGGUGAACCAGUGGCUGACCUGGCUGGAGACUGCUGAGGAAGAGGAGUCUGAGGAGGAAGCUGACUGAAGAACCAGCCAAAAGCCUAAUGGUGCAGAAAUGCUAUUGAUAUAAUACGCUUUUGUUUCCUUCCCAUCUUCCCUGUCCCAAUAUGAUAUGCAUACCUAACCACCGCAACACUUCAUUCCGCUAUCAAGUUUUUGGCCAUAUUAAGCCAAUGCAUGUUUAGUCCCCCCCUUUGGCUCUUUUCUAGCGCUUAAGCGUAAUAAUGGUUUGCCAUCUGUUUUAAGAGCCCCUUUUAAGAUCAAUGGUAUCAGCUGCUUUGAAUCUAGACUUUUGUUUUUCUCCAAGACAAUUGAAUUGCAAGGGCCUUGUUCCUGCUGCUGAAUGCUAUGCUUUUAUUUUUGUUGUUAGCCGAUUAGCAACACUGUAGAGAUGCACUUUGCUCAACGUCAUACAUGAGUCGUUGCAAUAUUCACUCAUCCCUUGAUUGUUACAAAGAAUCCUCAACUGUAAUUAUUGGUUACCAGAACAUGAAUGGUUUAUAUUUGCUUGUGUUUCUACCUCCUCAUUAUGGGCUUCAUGUGUUGGGUUUGAAUUGCUUAAUGUCUUCAUUUCAAGUGAAAACACUUAGUCUGGACUAAUGCACAAGUCUGUAAUAAAAAAAACGGUUUUACUUGCACAAUAUCCUGAUUGUAAGAAUUCAAAUUCAGACCUUUAAGUGCUUUUGUGGAUGUAUGGCACAUCCCCUGGGAGAGAUGAAAUUAUGCGGCCUUGUUAAUUUAUCAACCCUCAUUGCUGUGUACCUCCCUCUGUAUCUGUCAUACAUUGUGAUACUUGAAUUUUCUUUAUGGGGAACAACCAAACAAUGUGUGAGUUGGUUUUGCAUGGCUCGGUGCCCCAGCUGAGGGGUGAUUUCACUUAAGGACCAAUGGAAUGGUCUAAACAUUUGCAAACUAACCCACCUGGGGCAUUGGGCCAUGCAAAAUGAACUCGCACACGGUCUGUUCCCAUGCAACAAUUUUCAAACUACACAAGUGCAACAUAUUUUAAUUGGUGAAUAAAGUUAACAAAUUAAUUUAAUUUUGUUAUACUAACUCUGCCCCCCCCCCUCGUGUGAAAAAUUGAAGCCUGUUUGCCAUAAUGUCUGAUCCAGAUAUUUAUUGACUGUUUUUAUCAAGAUUUAAAAAAUUAUAAUCUCAAUUUAUUAUGAUCUAAUGAAAUCACGAGGUAUACAUCUGUACAGUACAACUUUCUGUAAAAGUGUUACUGUAAGGUUCUGUAACUGCUAAGAAUGUUCUUGUGUACCACUAUUGCUUAACUUUUAAAUAAAGUUAAACACUGAGUUCA